AUGGCCGAUGAUUUAAUUCGUAUUGCUAUUGUCGCCGAAGACAAGUGCAAACCCAAAAAGUGUAGUCAAGAAUGCAAAAAGAACUGUCCCGUCGUCAAGAUGGGCAAGUUGUGUAUUGAAGUCAAGCCAACAUCAAAGAUUUCAUUCAUUUCAGAGGACUUGUGCAAUGGUUGUGGUAUUUGCGUUAGAAAGUGUCCAUUUGAAGCAAUCACCAUCAUCAAUUUGCCAAAGUCUUUGCAAAAGGACACUACCCAUCGUUAUGGUCCAAACUCGUUCAAGUUGCACAGACUCCCAUCCCCACGUCCCGGUCAAGUACUCGGUUUGGUCGGUACCAACGGUAUCGGUAAGAGUACUGCCCUCAAGAUCUUGGCAGGUAAGCUCAAGCCAAAUCUUGGUAUCUGGGAUCAACCUCCCGAAUGGAUGGACAUUCUCACCUAUUUCCGUGGUUCUGAAUUACAAUCUUAUUUCACCAGAAUCUUGGAAAAUUUAAGAGCUCUUAUUAAACCACAAUAUGUUGAUAAUCUUCCAAGAAGUGUUCAAGGUAGUGUUACAGCUAUUUUGACUGCCAAGAACCAAAAUGGUUUGAUGGAUCAAAUGGUCAACGAUUUGGACUUGAAGGAAGUUCUCACCAAGAACAUUGAUGUUCUUUCUGGUGGAGAGUUGCAACGUUUUGCCAUUGCUGUCGUUGCCGUUCAAAACGCUGAAAUCUACAUGUUUGAUGAACCAUCCUCUUACCUUGAUGUCAAGCAAAGACUCAAGGCUGCUCAAGUCAUUAGAUCCCUUAUCAAGGAAGGAAAUUAUAUUAUUGUUGUUGAACACGAUUUGAGUGUUUUGGAUUAUUUAUCUGAUUUUGUUUGUUGUCUCUAUGGUUCACCAGGUGCUUAUGGUGUUGUCACUUUGCCAUUCAGUGUUAGAGAAGGUAUCAAUAUUUUCCUUUCUGGUUAUAUCAAGACUGAAAAUAUGAGAUUCCGUCGUGAUGCUUUAACUUUUAAUUUUGCUGAAACAGCAGAAGAAGAAGAAGUAAAGAAACAUUGUUUAUACAAAUAUCCAAAUAUGACCAAGACAUUGACAGGAUUCAAGUUGGAAGUCAAGGCUGGUGAAUUCACUGACUCUGAAAUCAUUGUUAUGUUGGGUCAAAAUGGUACAGGUAAGACAACCUUUAUCAAGAUGUUGGCCGGUCAAUUACCACCCGAUGAUGGAGCACACAUCCCCGAACUCAACGUCUCAUACAAGCCACAAAAGAUUGCACCAAAGUUCCCAGGCUCUGUUCGUGAACUCUGCCACAAGCGUAUUCGUGACUCGUUCCUCCAUCCACAAUUCAACACUGAUGUCAUCAAGCCAUUAAACUUGGAAAACAUCAUCGACCAACAAGUACUCAAUCUCUCUGGUGGUGAGUUGCAACGUGUUGCCAUCAUCCUCUGUCUUGGUCAACCCGCCGACAUUUACCUCAUUGAUGAGCCAUCUGCCUACCUCGAUUCCGAGCAACGUAUCAUUGCCGCCAAGGUCAUCAAGCGUUUCAUCUUGCACGCUGGAAAGUCUGGUUUCAUCGUUGAGCACGAUUUCAUCAUGGCCACUUAUUUGGCCGAUCGUGUCAUUGUCUAUGAAGGUACUCCAUCGGUCAGCUGUGUUGCCAACACCCCACAAAGCUUGCUCUCGGGUAUGAAUCAAUUCCUCAAGUCCCUUGAAAUCACCUUCCGUCGUGAUCCAAGCAAUUUCCGUCCACGUAUCAACAAAUUAAACUCCAUCAAGGAUACCGAACAAAAGUAUGCCGGUAACUAUUUCUUCUUGGAUGAUCAUUCUACCGAUUAA